AUGGGUAAGAAAAGGGCUCCUCAAAGAAAAAAAUCCGUCACAAAGCCACAGGAAAUAAUUGUAGAUGAAUCCAAACUGAAUUGGAAACCCGUAGACAUUCCGGACACUUUAGAUGACUUCGGUGGAUUUUAUGGCUUGGAAGAAAUUGAUGGAGUGGAUGUUAAAGUCGUAAAUGGUAAGGUAAAUUUUGUCGCUAAAAAUGAUUCAGGUGUGGUAAAAGAUAACAAUAGGGAAGAAGUUGAGGAUAAGCAGGAAUUUGUAGAAAAUGAAUCCGGAUCGAAUUCAGAAUCCGAACUUCUUGAAUUCAAGAACUUGGAUGAUAUCAAAGAAGGAGAACUGAGUGCAGCAUCUUAUUCAUCCUCCGAUGAAGAUGAGCAAAAUGAUAUUGAGAAUUCAAAGUUAACAGACCGCAACGAGGAUGUGGAUGAAGAUGUUUUGAAAGAAAAUGUUUUCAACAAAGAUAUUAAUAUCGAUGACAUUUCUCCUGUAAAUUUACCUGAAUGGACAAAUCUUGCACCACUCUCAAUGACUAUUUUACAAAGUCUGCAGAAUUUAAAUUUUCUCAGACCAACAGAAAUUCAGAAAAAAUCUAUUCCCGUUAUUCUGCAAGGUAAAGACGUCAUGGGAAAAGCCUCUACAGGUUCAGGUAAAACUUUAGCCUAUGGUAUUCCGAUUGUAGAGAAACUGAUUAGUAAUUUCUCUCAGAAAAACAAGAAACCGAUAUCGUUAAUCUUCACUCCCACCAGAGAAUUGGCGCACCAAGUCACUGAUCACUUGAGAAAAAUUUGUGAGCCUGUUCUAGCAAAAUCCCAGUACUCAAUAUUAUCAUUAACAGGCGGGCUCUCCAUCCAAAAACAACAACGUCUAUUGAAGUACGAUAAUAGUGGUCAAAUUGUCAUUGCAACACCAGGUAGAUUUUUGGAAUUGUUGGAAAAAGACAACGCUUUGAUCAAAAGAUUCUCGAAAGUCGAUACUUUAAUUCUUGAUGAGGCCGAUAGACUAUUACAAGACGGCCAUUUUGACGAAUUCGAAAAAAUUAUUAAACAUUUAUCAGUAGAAAGGAGGAAAAACAAAGAGAACUCCGAAGGUACUAACAAAAUUUGGCAAACUUUGAUCUUCUCUGCAACUUUCUCCAUUGACUUAUUUGAUAAGCUGUCUUCCUCCCGUCAAGUUAAGGAUAGAAAGUUCAAAAACAACGAAGAUGAGUUAAAUGCUGUAAUACACCAUUUAAUGAAUAAAAUUCAGUUCAACUCAAAACCAGUUAUAAUAGAUACAAAUCCUGAGUCAAAAGUAAGCUCUCAAAUCAGAGAAUCAUUAAUGGAAUGUCCUCCAUUAGAGCGUGACCUAUAUUGCUAUUACUUUUUAACGAUGUUCCCGGGCACAACCUUAAUCUUUUGCAACGCCAUUGACUCUGUGAAGAAACUGACCGUAUAUUUGAAUAACCUAGGCAUCCCAGCCUUCCAAAUUCAUUCUUCUAUGACACAAAAGAAUCGUUUGAAAAGCUUAGAAAGAUUCAAGCAACAAAGCGCCAAACAAAAAACAAUUAAUCACUCGAACCCAAAUUUUAUUCAACUUUCAACAGUUCUGAUUGCAAGUGAUGUUGCUGCUAGAGGUUUGGAUAUUCCGGGUGUACAGCACGUUAUUCAUUACCACUUGCCACGGUCUACUGACAUUUAUAUUCAUAGAUCGGGAAGAACUGCAAGAGCAGGUUCUGAAGGUGUCUCUGCCAUGAUAUGUUCACCUCAAGAAUCUAUGGGUCCAUUAAGAAAGUUGAGAAAAACUCUGGCUACAAAAAAUAGUGUUUCGACAGAUUUAAAGUCUAAGCCAAUUAACAGAAAAACUAUUAAGUGGCAAAACACUGUACCCUUGUUACCAAUCGAGACCGACAUACUUUCACAACUUAGAGAAAGAAGUAGAUUAUCAGGCGAGCUGGCUGAUCACGAAAUCGCUUCCAAUUCCCUAAGAAAAGAUGACAACUGGUUAAAGAAAGCUGCCGAUGAGUUAGGCAUUGAUGUCGAUUCCGAUGAAGACGAUAUAUCGAAGAGUAAUUCAGACACUUUCCUACUAAAAAAUAAAAAUAAGAAAAUGCAAAAGACUAUAAAUAAGGACAAAGUAAAAGCAAUGAGAGCUGAGUUGAACGAAUUAUUAUCAGAGCCUAUACGUAAAGAUAGAAGACAAAAAUACUUAACAGGUGGGCUGGUGAACUUGGCUGAUAACCUGGUCAAAAAAAGAGGUCAUAAUUCUAUCAUUGGUCAUGAAAAGAUGGACGCUUUAGAAACAUUGAAGAAAAAGAAAAAGAAAAAUAAUUAA